AUGGCUGACAACGAAAUCAGACAGCGACGCGUCCACCGCGAGAAAAAAGAAGAACGAUCUUCUCGCGUCUACAAGGUUGAGAAGCCUGAGCCACCAAGUAAGCUUAGAGAUUUGCUGUUUUUUGGAAGUUAUAUGCCGAUAGCAAACUUUUCAGCUAAUUGGUUUUUUGUAAUCGGAAUCAUUUUGUUGAUUUUCGUUGGGAUCAUAGUUCUGGUGAGUUCAACUUGAAAAUUUGCAUCAUGACAAAGUUUUGCAGGUUGACGUCGUUAGAGGCGGCCCUUACUUGCGUAGGCUUUGGAACUUUCUUCUACGAUUUGGAACAAGUACGAAUGAUACUUUUUGGUCGUAUGAGAAAGACUGA